AUCAGCGCUGGUGUGUUAAGAAAUCGCUAACCAAAACGCCUGAAACAGACCCAUUCUGGCGUUAGCUUGCAAAAACUCACUUCCCUACAAGUUCUGAAGUUUUCUUAACCUCGAAGAGCAGGAGUUCUGUGAUUUCCGGGCUAGAACAGGAAACUUUGGUACUAAAGCAUCCGGACAGUUUUGUUUCAGGAUUCAGGAGGGGUAAAAGCUCCCUUUCCUUGCCAUUGUCCGCACUCGGCCUGCGGAGUUGAAGGAGUGCUGUGUCUCCUGGAAGAAGAUCAGAAGGUUUCAGAGCCCUGGUUUCUGCAGAAGUUCACCGAAAACCAUGCGGGCUGGCUUAUCUCUGCUCCUUGGACUCCCUCUCUCUUAUCCCGGGACCUUUUCCCUCUCUUUCUGCUGACUGCGCCUGGGGAGUGAGUUGGGGCACCGCUCAAGAAAUUAAUCAGUGACCGGAAUGGGCCCGGCUCAGGCCUGAGAGAGGCCUGUUAUUCGAACAAAUUGCCCCCGCCUGGACCGUCAGCCCCUCAAAGCUCAAUCGCUGCUUGCUGCAUUGGUCCGGCCCAGGCAUGGGGUGCUGGGGCUUGCUUCUCGCCCUCCUAGGCUGCCUUGGGGUGUCCGGCCAGCUCUGUGAAAUCAAAAUCCACGACAGGCAUUUGGUAGACUUGGCUGAGCGGCAGCUGUUGACCUGGCUGGACUCCCACUCUCCUGCCCAGCUAAAUCCCAGCAUCUACGUGGGACUCCUCCUCUCUGAGCCUCACCACCGCCAUGCGGGCAAAGAGGCUGUCUACCUGGAGAAGCUCAUGGUCCAUUACCAGUGGAGAAGCAGUUUUGGCGCUGAUGGCCAGAAACCCAACAUGGGCCAGCUGGCCUUGUAUUUCUUAGCCCUGCGGGCUGGCUGUGUAACCAUCAGCAAGAAUAAAGGAAAUACCUUGGUGACUCAACUCAAGGGCCACUUGGAAGAAGCCCAGCAGCAGAUCGGCUAUACUCCCAGGCCCCAUGUUCCCAAGAGCUGUUUCCGCACCAACUACUACCAGUACAGCCUGGGGGUCUUGGCCUUGUGUGUCCACGGCAAAGUGGUGCCAGACCACGUUGUUGAACAGCUCCUACGUGAAGUGGAGCAUUGCCAGCACUCUGUGGACACAGUAGCGAUGAUGGGUUUGGCCUUCAUCUGUCUGAAGGGUGCCAACCUCAAUCCCAACCUUGACCCCAAGAUCGAGGAUGCCACCCAGCAGGUGGUAACGAAGAUCCUUCAAACCCAGACCCCCGAAGGACAUUUUGGGAACCUGUACAGCAGCCCCCUCGCUCUGCAGGUCCUGAUGGCCGCGGAGGUGAAAGACGAAGAGUCGGCCUGCGAGAGAGCUGGGAUGGCUCUAGUGAGGAGCCUGCGGGACGGCGAUUUCCAGAACCCCGUCACCCUGUCUCAGCUGCUGCCUGUCUUGCACCACAAGACUUAUCUGGAUCUGAUCCCCUUUGACUGCUCAAAGGAGAAAGUGACCGUGAAGGUCCAUUUGAAGAUAAAGAAUGACCUGCGCGAACCGAAGAUGACCGCCUCCGGGCACCGGCACAGCUUCACGAUCACGGUCCCCUCCGGGGCCUUCCUGGUGGACGUGCUGAAGAAGGCCGAGGAGCUGGGAAAACUGACGUAUGAAACGCAGCACACCCUGUCUGGCCCCUUCCUGACCACAGUGGAAGGGGUGAAAGCGGAGGACCACGAAUAUUGGCAGCUUCUCAGAGCCUCAGGCCCGGACCAGAACCAAGGGGUCACUCCUCUGCUCCAAGGUGUGGCUGACUACCGGCUCAAGGAUGAAGAGGUCAUCAUCCUGCAGCUGAGUAAGUGGUAGGGAGGCCACCACGCUCCCCUUCCUAGGCCGUCCUGAGCCACGGCCUGCGUCUUCCUCGUGCCUCUGUUCUCCUUCCUUCUCCCCGGAAGACUGUGGCCUGGGCCGGCAAGCACUCCUGGACCCCUCCGCCUCCUCAUCCUUCCCCCGAAAGCCGUCUUUCCCGAGCCGUCGGCCCUGAAAGCAAUUCUGGUGGCUGUUAGGAGGGAGGGGAAGGAGGCCGGUGAGCCAUGGCGCGACGACUGGGGUUUGGAGGACGUCCGCGACUUCCUAUCCCGUGGCUGCAGCUGUUAGCUCGGAGGUGGGAGUUGGGAAGCAGCGGACAGUUGAUCCUCCCAUCCCAAGAACACCUUGAGGCCUCUGGCUCGGGUUUGAACUGUACUGGGGCUUCCAAACCUUUCCCUGGCAGAUCAUAUUGCCUCCUGGAAGGGAAGAGUCAGGUUUAGAUGUUAACUGCCCCGCAGAUUUCCUCCAGGGAGAGGAGAUGUAGUAGCUCUUAGCUCUGACCCAAUGCUUCGGUGAGCCCCUCCGACCACCUUGCUACUUGUGCGCGCGCAGCAAUUUGCUUAAAAUGAGACUUUGAUUUCUCUUUUCUCACACGGGCCCUUGCUCCCCUACAUCUGGAAUUCUGGAAAAGUCUGCUCUUCCUCUUACUUAAGGCAGCUUGUUCAGGCCCCGCCGUCAGGGGCAGACAAUGAAUGCUGUUGAUGCUUGGAUCAGAAGUGAUUAAAGCAGUGAUUUUCAAGAA